AUGGCCCCUGGACCGAAGCGCAAGCGCGGUGAUCGCACCUACUCUCAGGACGACAGCCAGCGACCGUCACCGCACCGACCGCAUAGUCUGCCUCACGCGCAUUUCCAGCACCAGAACAGCCCUCGCGGCGGCCGAGGAGGGGUCGAUCGGCGGCAAAGCAGAGGUGGAGGACCCAUGGGAGGCGGCGGCCGUGGCGCGUCCAGCGUGCCGCAGAGCCCCAACUUCGCGCAUGCUUCACCCCCAGUCCGGUCGCCCGUCGCGAGCGCACCGCAACCGCCGUCACGGCCCACGCCCGCCGCACCUCCGACCCCAGCGCCGCCCAAGGAGACCGUCUCGAUACCCGCAGCGCCGACCGGCGACGUGCCCGCGAGCAACGAGUACCUCACGCCCCAACGCGUCGCCAGGUGGAACCAUGAAGCACGGCAAGCGGUCAUCGAGGCUGCGUUGGCAGCCCAGCGUGGAGGCGACGCCCUCACCUUGUCGGUCGUAUUCCACGAGAUCAUCGAGGCCUCCAUAUACCGCCAGUUGGAUUCGGGGGACUUGGGGUCGCUCGUACGCGACAUCGUCGCCACGUCUUCAGACGCAUUAGUAGACCCGGUGUCCAUUUUCCUCGACACGCUAAGCUGCUUGACAGAAGACGAAGAAAAGCAGAGGCUCGUACGGCCCAUGCUCAUGGCCACCGAGAUCGACGUCGAACAAAUGCGCACGGAGCUCGAUGCCGGCUUGCUAAAGCAGCUGGAGCUAGUCCGACCCAGCUUCAACAAGAUGGCAGUGCGCAAAGCCACACACGCCCUGUAUCGGCAGUCCAACUACAACCUCCUCCGCGAAGAGAGCGAAGGCUACUCAAAGCUCAUGACAGAGUACUUCACCACAGUAAACAGCGAGCCACCGAGCCACGAAGUUGUCAGCGAGACGUACCAGCGAGUGAACGCGCUUAUCGGCGCAUUCGAUCUCGACAUCGGCAGAGUGCUUGACGUCACACUAGAUGUCUUCGCCAACCUUCUAGUAAAGCACGGCAAAUUCUUCGUCAAGUUACUCCGCUCAAGCGCAUGGUGGCCAGAACAACGAGGCUUGGAAGGCAUCGAGUGGGAGGAGCCGGAGGUGGCUACACUUCCAAAGUGGGCCCAACCAAAAUCUCCGACGUGGUAUUAUUCAGAGGAGGAGAAGCUGGAACAGUUACAGCAGCGCGAACGCCGAGAUCGCAAAUUCUGGGAUCUUGUCGGAAGUCUCGAGGCUUCCCGCAAGGGCAAGGGCAUCGAGGCCUUCUAUGAACUGGGUGCUCGGCGCAUCACAGCCAACAACAGACCGAGAGACGAGAAGAUACAUGCCGAAGGUGCCACAUUGUCUGAUCAGCAGGCUGCACGAAAGUGGGCUGACGACUGGAUGUCGCAAACCGGAACAUUGCCUCCCUCUGGCAACGACACUGCCGCCCAACUGCUUGGCUUCAAGCUACAGUUCUACGCAUCUGACGCUCGCGACGCAACUGACUUCCUCCCUGACAACCUCAUCCAUCUGGCAGCGCUUCUCAUCAAAGUCGGAUUCAUCUCUAUCCUGGAUCUCUACCCGCAUUUGUAUCCACCUGAGGAGGACAUGUCGGCGCACCAUCGGAAGCUGGUGCAGGCUAAGAAAGAGAAGGAAGAGAAGGAGAGCGGAAAGGACAAUGCGUUGACGAUGUCCGUGCUGACCGACGACUCUGCACUAGGACCACCAGUCUUAAGCCGCCUUCGAGACGCCGAGAAACCUGCCAGAUCUGAAUCCGAAAGCGGCGCCUCUGCACCGGGUGAAGCGCCCAGCGCCAGACCGUCGCUACCGGAGCCUGCUGAUCAGAAAUAUCAACUUCUCAAGAGCCUGCUGUGCAUUGGUGCUUUGCCUGAAGCAUUGUUCAUUCUUGGACUUCACCCAUGGCUGCUUGAAGUAUACCCCGAUCUUCUGGAGCUAGUUUCUCGGUUAGCACAUCACUCCAUCAGCACCAUUUACGAAGCAGCAAGGCCCAUACCUCCCGAGCAGAUUCCGGUUGUAUCCAAGGGCUCUGGCGUCCGACCGAGCGACUUCGUACAUCGACGGACACUUAGAUGGCCUAAACCGGAUCAGAAAGAUGCAGGCGAUGGUAUCGAUUACCGGUUCUACUGGGAGGAUUGGUCUGACAAUGUUCCUGUGUGCCAGAACGUCGAUGACAUGAUCAAGCUGUGUACCACUCUGCUCGGUCUGGUGGGCCCAGACUGCGGCCAAGAUACUGUGCUCUUGACCAAGAUUGCGCGUAUUGCAAGAAAAGACUUCGCAGACGAUCCUUCAGAUGCAAAUCGACAGCGCUGGAUCAAAUUUUCCACCACCUUCCUCUGCCCCUCCCUCUCAUUCACUGGCCAGAAUCCUGGUGUAGUGAAUGAAGUUUGGGAGCUCCUCAAACAAUUCGAUACGGCGACAAGAUUCACGAUAUAUGAGCAGUGGCAAGUCAAGGCAGGGACGAAGCCUACCUUCAGACAUCUGUUCAAAAAGAUAAACACAGCGACCAGCAAAGAGCUGAACAAGGUCACCACUACGAACGUCAAGGAGUCCGGCCGCAAAAUCGCAAAGAUCUCGUAUUCGAAUCCGGGCAUCGUUUUCAAGAACAUCGUCACCAGACUCAUUGGCUAUCCAAACAUGAUUGAUGCUCUUGUGGAGUGCAGCAAAUACAUCACGCUUCUUGGGUACGACGUUUUGACCUGGACCCUCGUCACUACGCUCGUGAAUUCCAGCAGGGAAGGAAAGAAGGGCGACGGCAUGUUUGCGCAAGGAUGGCUUACCAACUUGUCUCUAUUCAUUGGCAGAGCCUAUCAGAGGUAUGCCUUGCUGGAUCCUACGCCAGUACUACAGUACACCACACAUCAGCUUUUGCAGAGCUCAGGUGACUUGUAUAUGCUUGACGUUCUCGAGCAAAUCAUCAAGCUGAUGGGCGGCAUCGGGCCAACUGGAUCGCUCUCUGAGUCUAUAGUCUUAUCGUUGAGUGCAGGACCUGUCCUUCGGGCAUACACUCUACAGCACAAUCUCGCGGAUAACCGACACCAAGCUGCUUCGUCGGCCAAGCGUUUGGCGAAGUGUCUAAAAGACAAGCAUUUGGCAUCACAGAUCCUAGUUGCGCUGGCGCAGCACGUGGAAGCCUUCAUACAUCGCGACGAUAUGCUCGAUGCUCCGGACAAGGUGGUGUUCUUUAACGCCGACAAGUUGUACUCCAACCUCUUCCAAUACCUUGAGUUUCUCCGCGCAUAUAUUUCAGAAGAAGAUUUUGACGCCUCCUUCCCAGGAUUGAUCGAAAUGAUCUCUGAUUACAGGGUGGAUCCAACUAUCGCUUUCACCAUCUGUCGCGCAAGCAUUGCUGCUAAAGCAAACUCUUUCAGAAUCGAGCAGCAAGGCAAGGCAACGGAUGGAGAUGUCACAAUGGAGGGAGCAGAAGGCACAUCGACAGCCAACGAUGCUGCCGCUGACAAGGAUGUUGACAUGGAGGUAGCUAAGACUGGCUCUGAGGUUACUUCAGCAGGAACUAAUCGCGUUGGGCCAGCAAACGCUGAGAUCGAAAAGGUGGCAGAGCAGCUCAGAGGUGUAUUACCUGAAACCUUCGCCGAUCAUCCUUGCCUAUCUUUCUAUGUCACAUUCUGGCAACUUUCUCUCCAAGACGUCGACCAAUUCGGGAUCAAAGAGCGAUAUCGCGAAAUCAUCCAAACGUUCCAACGACAAGCAGCCCCAGUACACACAGAGCGCCGAUACAACUCCCGCAUCCCUAAGCAGGAUACUCCCGAACAGCGACGUGCGAAGGAAGAGAUCACGAAACUCAACAAAGAACGUGACUCUUUUACCAAAGUUGCCCAGGCUACACAAGAACAAUUGCGAGUCGAGAUGAGUAGAUGGUUUGCGGACGCGCCCGCGAUGGGCCCGCAAUCCGAUGCUCUUCAUUUUGCUCUGCUACAGGAUUGUUUCAUUCCUCGCAGCCGCAUGUCUCUUCACGAUGCACAAUACACUUUCGCCAUGCUGCAGUUCAUGCACAAGUCUGGAUCGCCUGGAUUCCGCACGAUUAAGUUGCUCGACUUCCUUUUCGUCGCCAAUAAGCUGAGUGCCCUCAUCGGGAUGUACUCGGAAGAGGAAUCGAAGAACUUUGGUCGAUUCCUCAACGACAUCCUCAGAGAGCUUCAAAAGUGGCACGACAACAAGAGCGAUGCCUAUGCCAAGAACGCGUAUGGUGAGGACAAGAAGCUGCCCGGCUUCGGUAGGAAAUUUGACGCAAACCGCAAACCCGAGAUUCACCUCGAUUACAACGAUUUCUGUCACGUCUUGUUCAAGUGGCACAAGGCAUUAUGCACUGCGCUGAAGGCUUGCAUUGAAAGCGGGAAAUUCUCGGAGAUUCGUAAUGCGAUCAGUGUACUGAACGCGGUCUCUUCCAGUUUCCCGAAGGUCGACACCAUGCGUGAUGAGUUGCAAGCUCCGCUGGAGCGCAUUGCCAAAGAGGACGAAAGAAACGACCUUAAGAUCUCCGCGCAAUCCACUUUUAGGAUCUUCAAGCAAGGCAAGGCAUACUGGCGUACCGAGUGGCAGUACCGCAACCAAAAGAUGGCACCACCAGAGGAUGCCAACGGGACCAGCAAAACAGGUUCUCAAACCCCACAGCCGAAGGACGCUCCUGUAUCCAAACUUAGCGCCAGCGCACCAGUCUUCAAAUCCAGGCACGAAUCGAACGGGACACCGAAACCGGCCGAAAGCACCGAUGAUGAUGCACAGCAAGGCGGGUCGACGCCUGCAACUCCAGCAACCCGUCCAAACGACAGAGAGGCAACGCAGGCGACCACGAGAGAAUCUGACGUCAGAGACCCUACACCAUCACACCAAGAGCGCGGAAACACUCCUGCCCGUGGCACACCUGGUCCAUCUGUCCAUACUUCGUCUGUGUCCUCCCGACCUGACAAUAGGCCCACGCAGAACCAGGGUCUUCAAACAGGCAGAGCAUCUCAUGCUUUGCCGAUCAGGCCGGAUUCCCAACCUCCUAGGCCGCGACCCUCUGACCGUCAGUCUGACUAUGGUCCUCCUCAAGGCCGAUAUGACAACCGAAUACCUCCCAACGACUAUGGGCGGCUUGAACGUCCCAUCGACCCCCGUGAGCGGGUUAUUGCUGGUGGAAGAACGCCAGAGAGGGGCCCAGGUCCUGUAGAUCGCCGCGACUAUAACAGAGGCGACCCCAGAGAUUACGAAGACCGAUCCAUGCGAGCACCACCCCGAGACCCAAGGGGUCCUCCAAUCCGUGGUCCUCCUCAAUGGGAGCAAAGAGACCCUAGAGACCUCAGAGACCCAAGAGACCAUCGUGAGCGACUCGAUCACCGAGGACACCCCGUGCCAUCUACUAUAGAACCGAGAAGGGCACCUUCGAGCUCAAGCAUGUCGCAAGAGUACGGUUCACAUCAACGCGACUUGCCACCAUCUAGGCAUCAAGGGCCAGACAGGCCAGACUUUCCACCCUCGCGACCCCCGCCUGGCAAUCUAUCGACAACUACUGACGGUCCUGCCAUUAAUCCAGCUCGCGCAGCUUUGAUUGACCCGGCAGUCAAUCCGGCGCGUGCAGCUCUUAUCAAUGAGAGCGGGCCGCCAAGGCACGAGUCUCGGUCAGAUCGUGAUGGCCGCCGCGAGAGAGGAUCGCAUCCGCAGUCACCAAACAUGGCAGACGACAGACGAGGUAUUGAACCACGAGGAGAAGAUCGUCGCGGUGAUGACCGUGGCCACGUACCUCACCAUGUUCGCAGCGAAGCGCCACGUGAUUACAGGGAAGAACGUAUGCCUCCGCAAGGACCUCCGUCCAACCGUGACCGUCGAGAGGAGAUGAGCGUCAAUAGCAUGCCUACAGGGCCUCGUGGACCACGGAAUGAGCCUCCACGAUCGGAAAACUCGAAUUCUUUACGCGGUUCUCGCGAAAUGUUCCAGCCUUCGCAGUCUAUACGCCAAUCAAACAACCAAUCACAGGAUCCCAACUACGGUAGACUUAACGCGCCUUCCGAGCCAGCUCCUUCUGGACCACGUAAUGAUCGUCGUGAGAUGCCCUCUCAGCCACCACCAGCAAGUGCACCGUCAGGCCCAUCAGCAGCGAAUCCAAACUCCCUAGGUGUACACCCCAGUCGACAAGUAAACUUCGGUGGCAAUAGGCCAAAUGCACCGCCGAUCCAAACAGACAUGUCUGGCGCACCGAGUGGACCGCGAGGUGGUAGGACUCCGCAAGGCCCCUUGCCCUCACCGGGAGCGAGAGGGCCGCCAACAGGACCUGCUUUCAAUAACGAUCGAGUACCACGUAACCCUAAUCCACUGAGGGCCAUUAAUAGCGUGUUGAACCAGAACGCACCUUCGCCGACAGAACGGAAUGCGCCUGUUCAGAGCCAGGGACCCCCCGUCACUGUGCGUGGUCGAGGCGCGAAUCGUGCUAAUGAGCCAAAUGACGGGCAGAACAGUCACAUGCCACCGCCGCAAUAUGUGACAACGCCCAGCGCUCGUCCUGAGGGCCCACACCCCAGAAGCGAAAGGCCAGCUCCGCCAGGUCAAACGGGUGGUGAACCGCAGGAAGAGCGAUCGGAGUCGCGCAGUCGUCGUACGGAAGGCAGGCGUGAAGAGCGAUCGGGACGUGAACGAGAUCAUGAGAAGCGGUCGGAGGAUCGAAGCAGUCGAAACGGCCCAAGUCAGAGAGGCGAGCCAGGACAAGAGCAGGAGCGAGGGUCCGACCGCGAGCGUCGCGAGAAGAGGGGUAGUGAUAGGGAAAGUAGCCGCCGACACGGCGAGCGAGAAGGCGAACGUUCAAGUCGCGAAGGAGGGGAGCGAUCCGGUCGUGAACCACGUGAGCCGCGCGAAGCUCGUGAAAGCAAGCCUCACCGCAGCUCUCGCGAAAGCGGGCGCCCAUCAGGCUCAGGACGAGAAGAGCGCGAUCGAAGCAGCAGAAGCGGGGGUGGGAGUACAGGAGACGACGCACGAAAGCGAGUUCGUGACCCUGCGGAUCAGCCGCAUGGCGACAUGAAGCGCAGACGAUAG